AUUUCAUUUAGUUGGCGACUUAAAUAACUUCCGGCAAGGCACAUAAGGCAUUUCCCAUUGACACCGAAUAAUAUCAAUACAAAAAUUUGUAGAAAACUCUGUAGAAAAUGAGCAGGAUGACUGCAUCCGAUUCCACCUUGACCGAUUCAUCCAGUGGCUUCACAGCCCGGUCACUUAGGCGGCCCCAUCGCAGCCACCAAUGUCCGCUUAUCGCCUGGAGAACUGGACCCGUAACCGAUGAGAUCCGUGAGUUGGUGGAUGCCAGGAAUCUGAAGAAUGAGCAAAUGUUAAUGGAUCGAAUUUUGAAUACCAAAUUGGAACGGGAUAAGCUGCCGGAGGAUACACCGCUGCCCAUAUAUCUGGCCCAUCGGGAGCCACGAAAUCCGAGUCCACCAAGCAGAUGGGAUAAAAAUAGGUCUAAAACGCCAAAAAAGUAUCGCAAAUUAAUCAGCAUGCUAGAAGCAGCAGCCACAUCUGCAGCAGCAGCACCACCAGAUACUGCAGCAGCAGCAUCGGCAACACCAGAUCCGCAGUGCAGCGGGAGUUGCAGCAAAAUCGGGGACUUUGGGCAGACAUAG